AUGAUCAAUGGAAGUAUGCAUGGGUACUUUGAAUCAAAGAGGGGCUUGAGGCAGGGAGACCCUAUCUCCCCUCUCCUAUUUGUCAUUUGUAUGGAAUACUUGACUAGGACAUUGAAGAAAGUGGGGCAGCACCCUAGAUUCAAGUAUCAUCCUAGAUGCAAAGGUCUACAUCUGAAUCACUUGAUGUUUGCUGAUGAUGUCAUUCUUUGCUGUGAAGGAGAUUUCUACUCUAUUUAUCUCAUGUUGCAGGGUUUCAAGCUGUUUUCUAUGUCCUCUGGACUGUGCAUUAAUGAGACCAAAUCAGAGUUCUACACUGCUGGUAUGAUAGCUAGUGAUGCGCAAAGAUUUAAGGAUGUAUCUGGCUUCUCUCAUGGUACUCUCCCAUUUAAGUACGUAGGAGUGCCUAUAUAUUCCAAAAAGUUGUCAGCUACUGAGUGUCAGGUGCUAGUGGAGAAAAUGUCUACUAGAAUAAGGAUUUGGAGAAGUAGACACUUGUCUUAUGCAGGGAGAUUACAACUAAUUAACUCUGUGCUUAUGAGUAUACACAUGUAUUGGGCUCAGGUUUUUAUUCUUCCCAAGAAAGUUCUUAAUGAGAUCACUAGUAUAUGCAGAGCUUUUUUAUGGUAUGGGACUUACUACAGCCGUAAACCUGGUAGGGUUAAAUGGGAGGACAUUUGUAAACCUAAAAGUGAAGGGGGAUUAGGCAUUAGAGAUGUCCAUUUGUGGAACAAAGCUGCUAUGGCUAGAUAUGUGUGGGCUUUGGCUACCAAGCAGGAUAACUUGUGGAUCAAAUUGGUCCAUGCUGUGUACAUCAAACAGCAAAAUUGGUGGGACUACAGACAUCCAGUAGGGUGUAGUUGGUAUUGGAAAAAAGUUUGUGAGGUGAAAGAAUGUCUGAAAACAAAGGUCUCUCUACAGGACCUCACUGGAAUGCAGAAGUAUAGUCUCAAAAGCAUAUAUGCAAAGCUAUAUGUGGAAGGUGAUCAUGUAUAUUGGGACAAAUUUAUUUGGAAUAGGAUUUCUAUUCCAAAGCACAGAGCUAUUGCUUGGCUGGUGAUGAAAAAUAGGCUAAAUACAUCAGAUAGAUUAUUGAAUUGUGGCCUAAUAAAUGAUGAUAAAUGUCAACUGUGCUCUAUAGGCAGAGAAACUCAUGAACAAUUAUUCUUUCAAUGUGAUUAUUCCAGGAAAUGCAUUGACCUACUGAGGGCUUGGCUGGGAAUGGUGAGUCACCAAUAUGAUUUUCAUAGAAUUGUAAGAUUCUGGAGAAAUAGAAGAAUUUCAAGCUUUAAGAAAAAAGUUCUGGCUGAUGUGCUGAAGGCUGGUGUAUACUUCAUCUGA